AUGGUUAAAAAUGGCUUCCAUGUUUUUAUAAGUAUUUUUUUGUUAAAUAUAUAUAUAAUAAAAUGUUCUGUUAACUACUUUAAUGAAAUUGUAGAUAAGAAUCAUUGUGAAACAUGUAAUAACAAAAAGAAAAAUGAUAAAUAUAGUGAUGAUGUCUUAAAUAAUGUAAUAAAUAAAAAUGAUUAUAAUAAAAACCUCUAUAAUGGGGAUAUAAAUGAAUUAAUAAAUCCUGUAAAAAGUUAUAACAAAAACGAGAAUAAUCAUAUUAAUAGUAAAAAAUUAGAAGAGAAUAAUUAUAAUGAAAUAAGAAAAAAAGAAGAAAAUGAAGAAAUGAGUAAUGAUGUUAAAAAAUACUUUUUAAAUUUUAAAAAAAAAGAAGAUAAUAAGUUUUAUACUUUAAAAUUGAAUGAGUUUAAUUUUAGAUGGAGUAUACCUUUAUAUAUAGGAUCGAAAAAAACAAAAAUAGAAUUAUGUAUAAUAACCUCUAGCUCUAUAACAGCAUUAUAUUGCACUGAUAGUUUUAAAGAAAAAGAUAAUUUGAAAAAAUUAAAAUACAAUAUAAAUGAAUCAAUAGAUUUGAGAUAUGUUGAGUGUAGAAGCAAAAGUUGUGAUAACAUACUAAAUAAUGAAUGCUUACCUUUAAAAAAUUAUUUUAAAAUGUUACAUGAAUAUAAUAUAAAAAAAAAAAAUUGUAAAGAUAGAUUUUGUGAUUAUAUAAAUAAUAUGAACUUUUUAAAUAUGAUUGAUAAAUUAAAUGAUAGAAAUAUAUCAGUUUGCUCAUUUAAUUCAACCAUAGAUAAUGAUCAAAUAAAGGGUUUUUAUUUUAAAGAUUCUUUUUAUAUCAAUAAUACUGUUAAAUAUUUUUACGAUUAUUUUGGAUGUAUAUCAGAAAGCGAUUAUUUAAAAUUUAAUGAAGUAUUAUCUGGUUUUAUAGGUUUAGGAAAUUAUAAUGAGAAUAAUAAUAAAAAAUAUCCAACUAUUUUAAAUUCUUUUAUUCAUAAAUCGAUAUCUAAGAAAAAUAUUUUUGCAUUAUGCUUUGUUGAGAAUAGUGGUCUUAUUUCAUUUGGUGGUUAUGAAAAGAGUAUUCUCAAAAAAAAAGAACAUAUUCCAAAAUUAGAAAUUAAUAGAAGAAAAAUAAUUAGAGAUAGAGAGGAAGAAAUGCCAGUUGAAGAUAUUGAUCAGUAUGAAAUAUUAUGGUUGCAUUAUUCUAAUCCUAAUAAAUCUAUUUAUAAUAUCUUUUUAAAGGAAGCUAAUGUAAAUUCUAAAUCAAAAAAAUUGAUCAAUACGAUUAAAAGAGAUGCAAUAGUUGAUUCAUACAAUUAUUUUUUAUCUCUUCCAGCAGAUAUUACUGCAAAAAUAAAAACUUUUAUUUAUAAUGAAUGUUCUGAUAAAACAAAUGAAUGUUCUAGAUUAAUUGAAAAAGGAAUAUUUGAAUUAAAAAAUAAAAAUAUAAAUAAUUUUCCUCAGAUUGAAUUAGUUUUUAAUGAAGGGACAUUAAUUAUAGAACCAAAUGAUUACAUAAUACAUGAAGGUGAUGGUAUUUAUAGAGUUUUAAUAAAUUCUUCAGGAGUAUUAAAAUUAGGAAUUCCAUUUUUUUUAAAUAAAUACUUAAUAUUUGAUAAUGAAAAUAAAAAAUUAGGAAUAAGUAAAUCUGAUUGUAAUUUCCAAGUUGAUAAUGAAAAAAUAACUGGUAUAGAUAUGAGUUUAUCUAAUAUGGAUGAUCAUGGAUUAAUAAAAGAUUACAAUGUUAUAAAUCAAGGAUUUUUUGAAAAGAAUAAAAUAGUUAUAAUUACAAUUUUUAUUUUAUUUUUUGUUGGAUCUAUAAUUGGAAGUAUUUUUUAUUUUUGUUGA